CAUGUCUUCUCUAUACACUCUUUAUUUUUUCUUGAAGCACAUGGUUUCUUCUUCCUUAGCAGAAUUUUGAUUUUGUUUUAUAUUUUUUCUUUUGGAUCAUCUUGUGAAAUUUCUUAGCUUACCUAAGCCUGAAACUUCUGCUUCCUGAGUUGUAUAUAUAACCUGUGCUUCUGAUAGUGUGCAAUAACUUCAAAGGUCUAGGCCUAGCAUGGAAAACAACCUUAACCGUGAAACAGAAGGGCAUGGCUUGCCUAAAAUUCCAUCACUAGUUCAACAUAUAUCAUCAAAUGAUGAAGGAAACUUUGACAAUGGUGACUUGAAAAAUCUAAGCUCAUCUUUCAAAGAGAAUGAAACAAUCUUAGCAGGAAGCCAAGGUGAUGAACAUGCAGCCAUUAAUCAUCGGAAUAAGCAUUCGGUAUCUAUCAACAUACCAUUCUCUUGUGAAGAGGUUCAGCUGCAUAACACCGUAAGAGUUCUCUAUAGUGGCGAAAAUGAUUUCUCUUCUCAAUCAACUACUACAGACUCCAAGCCACCAUUACCAUCACAAUCAAUGCCAAAUGGCAGUCUGCACUCAGAGCCAGCAAGCGGUGUCAAUUUUAACAAUCAAGAAAGCGUCAUAAGCUUGAAUAAUAAGAGGAUUGAUUUUUUCAAAACAUGGUCCAGUAAACUAGGGGGACACAUAUCAGUUAUGAGUGGAAAGGUACAUACAGAAAGUGCAGAAGAUGAUAACAGCUUAUGCAACACUAAUAAGCCUUUACCUGUUGAUUUGUUCUUCAAAACAUUGGAGGGUCCACAGUUACAAACUCCUAAGAAGUCUUCAGAAGAGAUGGUGCUUCCUCAGGACAAGCAGUGGCCAUUUCUUCUUCGGUUUCCGGUUUCAUCUUUUGGUAUUUGUCUUGGAGUUAGCAGUCAAGCAAUUCUUUGGAAAGCAUUGGCCACGUCUCCUUCCACUGCAUUUCUUCACAUAACCCCUAAAAUAAAUUUCAUCCUAUGGUUCAUCUCCAUUGCUAUUGUUGCUACUAUUUUCACCACCUAUCUCUUCAAAAUAAUUCUCCAUUUUGAAGCAGUUCGUCGUGAGUACCAACAUCCGGUUCGUGUUAACUUCUUCUUUGCACCAUGGAUAGCCCUUUUGUUCCUAGCUCUUGGAGUUCCCCCAUCAGUUACCAAGGACUUGCAUCAAGCAGUUUGGUACAUUCUAAUGAUUCCAUUGUUCUGCCUUAAGCUAAAGAUAUAUGGACAGUGGAUGUUUGGGGGCAAAAGACUGCUGUCAAAGGUGGCCAAUCCAACAAAUCUCUUAGCAAUUGUUGGAAAUUUUGUAGGAGCCUUAUUGGGUGCAUCAAUGGGCCUAAAAGAAGGGCCUCUUUUCUUCUUUGCUCUUGGGCUUGCUCACUACAUGGUGUUGUUUGUAACUCUCUCCCAGAUGCUUCCAACAAAUAAGACCAUCCCAAAAGACCUCCAUCCAGUGUUCUUUCUUUUUGUGGCACCGCCUAGUGUUGCUGCUAUGGCAUGGGCUAAGAUUCAGGGUUCAUUUCAUUAUGAAUCAAGGAUUUUCUAUUUCACUGCCAUGUUCCUAUAUAUUUCACUGGCUGUCCGGGUCAAUCUUUUCAGAGGAUUCAAAUUCUCACUUUCAUGGUGGGCCUACACUUUUCCAAUGACUGCUGCAGCAAUUGCUACCAUAACCUAUACAAAUCAAGUCACAAAUGUACUAACUCAAGCUUUGAGUGUAAUAUUGAGUCUCAUUGCUACAUUCACAGUAACAGCAGUGCUUGUCUCGACUAUAGUGCAUGCCUUUGUCCUACGAGACCUCUUUCCCAAUGACCUUGCCAUUGCCACAAGUGAGAGAAAGCAAAAACCACGCAGGAAAUGGCUCCCAUUUAAGACUUGGGAGCCAUGAUCACGCCGAAAAGACUGAAAAUAAAUAACUUGAAAGUUUGUGAACUCGGAUAAAAAUGAUUUAGUUUAGGAGCUUAUUCGAGAAUCACACACUCCAAUAGUUCAAGGAAUACAUCAUGUAUGUUAAUACAUAGACGUCUCAAAUGAGGAAGAAAAUAAUGAGGCAACCAACAUCUUUACUGAAAACCUUCAGUGGUCAGACAUGGGAGGGGCAUGAGUGAAAGUUUUAGAUUUUUCUUGAGUAAACCCCAUUCUAGUCCCUGACAUUGUAAAUGCUGAUUAUUUUAGUUCCUAAUUUUAUGAAAUCUUCACUUUAGUCCAUGUAUUUA